CAAGAGCGAAGGAUGCUGUACAUUCAGAUGACACUUUGCUUUGAUUCCAUUAGAAUGAAGCAACGACAAUACUGUUAUUACUACUACUACAAUUAACACUUAUUUACAUAAUAAUAAUAAUAAACGCCAUAGUAUCAUUUUCAGAGCUAAAUCAAGUUGACUCGGGGAAAAGGGGUUUGGACGUUCCUGAAUGACCUUUGGAUUUACAAAUAGAGGGACUUUUUUCUCUCUCGUUUAGUUGCCAUUUUAAAGGACAGUCUGGACGUGGAUUUAUACACUAUCAAUAAAUAUAUGUUGAUUAACGCGGGAUGAACUCACAGGGGCUGAUUCUCUGAAGUCAUGGCGCUAGAGAAUGGCAAAAAGGAGGUGAAUUUCAGUUACUGGCAAACUGAGCCCGUCCCAAUGGGCGAAGAGGCCGAGCACGUGGCACAAAAAGGAGUGGCCCCUCCCCAUCAGGACAAGAAGGCAGGAUGUGCAAAGUGGCUUGUGGUUGUUGUCUCCAUCAUAAUCCUGCUUGUCUUGGCAGGAACUGGAGUUCUUGUCUGGUACUUUGUAGACUACAGAAUUUGGGUCCUGGAGCCCCGGGUCCAGCAGCAAUACACUGCAAUGAUCACCAUCCUCAACAGGAAUUUCUCUACCCAGCUCUCCUCCCGCACCAGCCUGGAAUACAGAACCGAGGCCCGGUCUGUGCAGGACAUGAUGAAGAAACUUGUGAAGUCGUCUGAUUUAUCCCGGUACUUCAACUCCUCUACUGUGUUUGCCUUUGGGGAGGGAAGUGUGGUUGCACACUUGUGGCUUAUUCUGUCAGUGCCUGAAAGUCAUGUUGAAAAGGUCACACUGAAGCAUGUCAUCAGCAGCCUGUACAAUCAUCUAUCAGCAUACGGCAAUGGGACCACAGCUAGCUAUGGGGGUUACCUACUGCAUCUCCCUUCUUUGACUAUUAGAGAAAGUGACUCCAAAGUCAUAGACCUUUUGAAAGCUUCAUUUGAUUGUUACAGGUACCAGUCGGUGACGUCCAGCUCCCCUGUGGCCCUCAGGGGCCCCAACACCCAGCAGUCUUCCUGCCUGUGGCACCUGCAGGCCCCCACAGGGUUCCAGCUGGAGCUAAGGAUGGAGUGGCUCCUUCCGGAGUGUCGGGACCGCCUGGCCGUGUACGACUCCACAACCCCCACAGACAGCCACCUCAUAACCUCUGUGUAUGGUUGCAGCCGGCAUGAGCAGGUGGUGCGGUUGCUCUCCUCUGGGGAAUGGAUGACUGUAUUGUGGAAACAGGGUCUGUACAACUACAAGGAUCCUUUCUCCCUGUCCGCCCAGGCCUGGCAGCCACGUGUGUGCUCAUCCACUAUUGAUCUGCAGCCAGUAAUGGGAGUCCAGGGCAAGUUCCAUACCCCCUUCUACCCUCGCUACUACCCACCGGACACCAACUGCACCUGGCACUUCACUGUGCCCUCCACAGAUUAUGGACUGACGCUGGAGUUUGAGGGAUAUGAGCUGGAGAGGGCCAACUACAACCAGGUCUGCACACAGGGACAGUGGGUGAUCCAGAACCGCAGACUGUGUGGAACCCGGAGUCUACAGCCCUAUGCUGAGCGGCUGUACCUCCUGUCCAACUCCACAAGCAUCACCAUGACCUCAGAGGUUUCCCUCACCGGCCCUGGUCUCCAGGUCCGCUACAGUCUCUUCAACCAAUCAGAACCUUGCCCUGGACAGUUCCUGUGCACUGUCAACGGGCUGUGUGUCACAGCCUGCGACGGAAUCAAGGACUGCCCAAACGGACUGGACGAGAGGAACUGCGUGUGUGUUGCCCAGUACCAGUGUCCAGAAGACAGCCAGUGUGUGGACUAUUUCAAAGUCUGCGAUCACCAUCCAGACUGUGAAGAAGGCAUGGAUGAAGAAAACUGCACAGAAGGUGUGGAGUGUACCGAAAUGACCUACAUGUGUGCUGAUGGGACAUGCAUCAAGAAGCCCAACCCGGCAUGUGACUUCGUGACUGACUGCCCAGACGCCUCUGAUGAAAAACACUGUGACUGCGGGCUGCGGCAAUUCUCCAGCCGCGUGGUGGGUGGGCUCAACGCCACCGACGGGGAAUGGCCCUGGCAGGCCAGCUUGCAGGUCGGGGGUCGCCACGUCUGCGGGGGCGCGCUCAUCUCCAGCCAGUGGGUGAUAUCGGCGGCGCACUGUUUCUACGACGACCGUCUCUUCUCUCCCAGUGUGUGGACAGUCUACCUGGGCAAGCUGCUUCUAAACCGUAGCAGCCAGACAGAGGAGGCCCUCAAAGUCAGAGAGCUCCACCUGCACCAGUACUACGAUGAUGACACCCAUGAUUACGACCUGGCACUGCUCAAACUGGAUCGGCCGGUUUCCACCGGUACCUUAGCCCGGCCCGCCUGCCUCCCAUCCCCUACACACCUGCUGGAGCCUGGACUUCUGUGCUGGGUGACUGGGUGGGGGGCACUGAAGGAAGGAGGACCCAGCAGCAAUAUCCUGCAGAAAGUGGGCGUGCCACUGAUCAGCGAGGAUGUCUGUAACAGAUCGUACGGCUACAGGAUCACUCCCAGAAUGCUGUGUGCUGGCUUUCAUGAUGGGGGAAAAGAUGCGUGUCAGGGAGACUCCGGAGGCCCGCUGGUGUGCCAGGAACCCUCAGGCCGCUGGUUCCUGGCGGGCGUGGUCAGCUGGGGCAUAGGCUGCGGGCGACCCAACUACUACGGGGUAUACACCCGCAUCACCAAACUGCAUGGCUGGAUCAAAGAGCUCACUACCUCCUGAAUAACCCGCCCAGCUCUGCUUAUCGGCCUGCUCCAAUGAGGCUCAGUCUGUGCAGGGGGGGGAAGCAUGCGCACGUGCACCUGCAGCUAUCUGGCUCACCGCUGCCUUCCCUUCGGCAUUGUAUGGCUGUAGUAAAGUACAUGUACCGUAUGCACAAACACACACAAAUGUACACCCACAGAUGCACACAAGCAUAUGCACUCAGUGGCUAAUGUGCAUAAGCUCACGUACAAUUACAUACAGAAGGACAAAUGCAUGUCUGCGCGCACGCACACACGCACACGCACACACGCACACACACAUACACACACACACAUGCUCACACACACACACACACAUGCUCACACACACACACACACACACACACACAUGCUCAUACAUACUAAUUGAGGCAUGACUGUCAUUCACCAGCAGCUGGAUUGCGGAGAUAAACAUAAUGACUCUAAAUAGCUGUUUCCACCCACUUCAUUUCUCAUUUUUGAGAAAAAGGAAACUAACCUGUGUUGGCGGGUGAUGUGUUGGUGGAGUGACGUUUUUCACAAUAAUUUUUGCCAUCCAGAUCUACAAAAUAGAUCACAACUACGCUUUCCUGUUUUUUGACAUUUCAACUGUCUAUGACUGAUUUUUGUAUUUGUACAGCUCUACCCUAAAACAUAACUGUGCUAAUUCAGCUUUGAAUCUCUCUGUAAGUUGUAUAAAGAUUGUAGUUGCCAUCUGGUAUGCCACACUUGAAAACCAAAAAACUGUUUCUUUUUCCUCUAUAGGAACUGUAAAUGAUUUUUGUUCCUUUGGUUUCAUUUGCUUUAUACUGGGCUGAACAGCAAAAAGGCAGCUGUUAAGAGCCCAACAAGUGCCUGAAUACUGCAGUCCUUAAGGUGCACAAAAGUAUAUUUUAUCAAGAAAAUGUUUACUGUAAUACUAUACAAA